AUGCCCGCUGCCGCGAAGAAGGCGAAGACCGCCGCGGGCGCGGGCGGCGGCGCGGUCCUCCCCGGACAGCCCGUCCAGGCGCCGUCCGCGCACCCGCAGCAGGCCGCGCACCCGCAGCAUCAGCAGCAGCCCGCCGCGCCUCAGGUGCGUCCAAAGUUUUUCACCCAUCGCCCGGUUUCAACACUUGAUCGCGUCCCCUUUCAACUGACCGAUGAACUAUUUUUGUAUGGAAUGGCCCUCAACAACAGGCGCCUCCGCAGCAGCGUCCUCCGCCCUCGCAGCAGAUGCCCGGCGCGCCGGUCGCCGCGGUCGCCGCGAAGCAGGCGCAGGUGCAGGCGCAGGCGGCCGCGGUCGCGGCCUCGCAGGCGGCCGCGCGCUUGCCGCUGCGCCAGCGCUCGAGGGCGGACCUCGAGAAGGAGAUCCGCUCGAAUCAGGCGCGUUCGAGUCGCGCUGGAGCUCAUCCGACGCGAGUACGCGGAGACCGCGGCGGCGGCGAGCGCCAAGGGGGAGGAGUACGCCCCGCCGAAGUUCGUGGUCCCCGCGCAGUACGACGCCGCGAUCGGGAUCGAGCUGUGGCUGUUGGACCACGCGUCGAAUUUCAACGCGUCGGAGCUGGACAAGAAGGUGCAGCUCAUGCGGUCGAUCCAGGCGCGUCCCAUAUAUGACAAGGUGGCGAGCGGAUCGCUGAACAAGAUCGAGGAGGAGGGCGUCCAGAUGGAGCUCCUCGCGUGCUGGGUCGAGCUCACGAAGACGUUCUACAUCGCGCUGCGCGAGAGCCGGAACCUCUCGAGCCGCGGCGUGCCGAACAUCAAGGCGCCGACGUUCCGCCUGCCGGAGGAGCUGCUGCCGAUGCCGUUGCCGUGGGAUCCCGACACGGAGCUCGUGGACGAGCACGACUUCGACAAGGUGCGUCCCAUCUCACACUGGUCCCCAUACGACCCCGUCGGCGUGGUGAACGCCGUUCCUUAA